CAGAUUUGUAGAAUCACGCAUGCGUGAGAAAUAUUGUAAUGCGUAGUGCGCCGAAGAUGAAUUUGACGUUCCUCUCUUGAUGAGAAGUAAAAACGUAUCGUUAAUUUUAUUUCGAAGAAGUGUGUAAAAAGUCAUGGCGUUCAGUCCUACAAUGAUAUCAAAAUUAAAGAGCAGAGAUUACGCAAAUAAAAUCAGACACGGUUCGCCCAAGUUACAGGAGACGUUGCGAGAGAAGUGUCGUCAAAGAAUGCGAGAAAAACGGGAUCAAUUAUUCAAUAGACAUAGAUUUGGUUUGCAACUCGCUUCUAUACAUAUGCAGGACACAUUGACAGAACUAAUGCGUCAAGAAUUUAAGAAUUUGGCAACAUCAAACGAUGGUGGUACAAGUCUUACAUUCGCAGAGAUCGAUGAACCUUUAAAUCAAGAGGAGGCGAUUGAAUUGGAAAAUAAAAUUAUUCAGGAAGAAGAAGAAUGGAUACUUCAAGAAUAUGAGAAAUUUUUACACGAUGAGAUCGAAUCUUAUAUAAUGUAUGCUGAUAAUAAUGAGAGGGAAGUAUUCUGUCCUAUAUGUCAGAAAGUCAUAUUAGAAGAAGAAAGUAAUGGUGUAAAUUGUGCAGCUUGUGGAUUAAAAUUAAUUGGUCGUACCAUGCAAGAAGUAAAACAUUUGAUUAAUGAGACUAUAAAAAUGCAUACAAUCAACUGUGUCAAAGUACCAACAUUCAUGAUAAUACCUGACGAUUGUAAUCUUGAUUUAUAUUUGGUGUGUCAUGACUGUUCUACUUUAGCAUUAAUUUGUUAAUUAUUUAAGAUCAAUUACCAGUAUUAAUUUUUAAAAGUAAAAGCACAAUUGCUAGACAAUAUUCAAGUCUUAUUCAAGAAUAUUAAAUACUGAUACAUCAAUGUGUUUAAAGACUAACAAUUGUAAAUUAUAAUUUGCAUCACUUGUAAUACUAAUCAUAAUUUUUUUGACGUUAUAAAAAAAUUCCUAAUUGUUAAUUAAAUUUACAUUUGCAUUAUUGCAUUUUAUAUAUUUUUGUUAAAAUGGAACUAAAGCUCAAUUGUCAAAUUAUAUUGGGUAUUAAUAUGAAAGUUUUCAAAUCAAUUAUUUUUAAAGUAAAUUGAUUCAGGAGUAUUUUUCAAUAGCCAUACAUGUGUAUAUAAGAUAGUUUGUUAUUUAUAAUAGUGAUGAAUGAUACAGAGAGAUAUAGAAGAAAUAAAAUACAAUAGUUCUAGAUUUCUUCAUGUUGUUAUAAUAUUGAAAUAAUAACAUGUGAAUCUUUAUGAUACAUAUUGUACAAAAGAACAUCCCUUUUCGACGAGUUCACUUAUAUUAUUACCUUAUCACUUAUCAUGUACAUACACAAUAUGAAUGUGUGAGUGUGUGUGUGUAUAUAUGUGUGAGAGGACUUCUACAUUAUGUUUUGUAAAAAAAAGAAAAAAGAAAAUUAUCCUACAAUCUAAAAUAAAACGGCAAACAAAAGUCACAAUAAAAUGUCAAGUUAAAGAAGUUUUCAGACUAUUAACUAUUUUAUUUGUAUACCUGGAAUUAUUAUAAAUUUCACUAUAUACAUUUUACAUUAGAAAAAACACUAUGCAGAGGCCUCCUUUGUAGCGUGAACUAUAUUCGGUAUUCAAACUUUUUGCAAGUGAUUUGUACAUCAUUAUGAGUUUCCAUAAUAAAGAUUUCAUAUUUAUAA